UAGUCUAACGAGCUAGGCCAUGGACGUGUCACUUCGGUAUUGGAUUCGUCGGGAACUAGCUAGUUUCCACUGCUGCCAUGCCCAUCAAAUUGCCUAUGCCGACAGACUUUUUCCAGUGCCCAGUGCUCACCUCCGACGAACUCAAGACCCUUCAAGACCACGCCAUUAAGAGCGCGAUGGCUGUGGUGAAAAAAACAUUCAUGGCCAACGCGAGCGGUGUGGAAUGGACUGUUCGGUCCGCCGAACCCGACAUUACCAUCUACAAAGGCGCGGAAGUGUCGGCAAAUCAUGGGACGUACUUGUACAUGAGCGUGAUGGAGGUGGCGGCGACGUUGGACGAAGUCAUCGAGUUGUUCCAGACGCAGACGAUGGAGCAAGACAAAGCCUUUUCCGCUCGGUUUGGCAAGCAAGUCUUGGACACGGUCAAGUUGUACUCCAUCCUGGAGCCGACGCCCGACACGCCUUCCGAAAUGACAGGAAUAUUUUGGCGGCUGUACAAGAGCGUGCUGCCAGCGGUUGUGGCCAAGCGAGAUGCGUGCCUCCUCCAGUCUCAUCAUGCGUUCAACUUGAACGGUCGUCGAGGCUGGGUCGCGUCGUCCAAGUCGGUCAACCUUAGCUGCUGUCCGGAGCUGGAGCACCUCGGAGGAUUUGUCCGCAUGAUCAACUACGGCAGCGGUCAUGUGUUUUUGGAGUCCGAGACACGCCCGGGAUAUCUGGAAAUACGAUACGUUGCUCACACAAACUUUCGGGGGGCGUCGUACGACUACAUGUCGGAUGCUGUCCUGAAGCGCCGCGCCUUAAUCAGUGACAGGAACAUGACGAAACGGUGCCGAAACAUCCAAGACAUUGACAUGUUCUUACGAGAAAAUCGACUCAACCGCGGGCACAUCCUCGAACCCAACCAACUUGUCCCCAAGUCAUCGCGUCGCCACUGCUACUUGUGCACCGUCCGUUUCGGACUGACGAAUCCGAAGUCGAACUGCGUCAAGUGUGGCCAAGUCGUGUGCAGCAAGUGCAAUCGCAACUGGAACAUCACAUGCGCCGACGGGAAACUUCGAUCCAUGAAAGCGUGUGUCAGGUGCUCCCUUGGGCAAAUGGACGUACAAAGAAAGUCGUUUUACACUUCGAGGCCGUGGAGCCCGACACAUUUGUCGGAAGAUGCGACCUCCAUGUGCUCCGACGAAGCGAGGGAAUUGGAAAUGAAUCGUCGGUCAAAGUAAGACCAUGUCCCGUAAUAAUGCAUUAUUGGUCUCAUCGCAA